CGAAUGGCAGUUGAUAAGAACCAUCGAGAAUUAUCGAAGAUCAUCGUUUUUGUAAUAUGCAAAUAGUGUUUAUCGAAAAGCUGCAUUAAAAAAUUUCUAGAGGAUCAACCUCGCGAUGAACAGCGAAGAGAAGAUAUCUCUUCCCGUGACGUGCGCGAGAGCACAGAGAUUUUUACGUUGAUACAAUCCGAAGAUCGCACGCAAGUCGAGAUGAGCAAGGAGGACAGCAGCGGCGAAGGAAGAUCGCAGGAUGCUUCCUCGCCGGAUUCUCCGAUGGAUGUACCGGCGAAGGAUCCAAACGCGGAGAUCUACGAGAAUCGUGGAUCUAAGAAGAUCAUCCGCGUGCUCACCGUGAUGGCCUAUCUAUUCUCAGUGAGUUUCGUGGCUAUUCUUUUGAGUGCUUAUUACAUAUUCCUGUGGGAACCGCCGAAUCCGAAACUCAUACAGCGAGAACGUUUGCGGAUGGAUCCGCAGAUGCAGUUCCUGAUCGCGCCACCCUCGGAGGAGACGAGGAAAGACAGCAGUUUCCUUUCGCAGGGCGAAGUCAAUCCCAUGCACAAGCUUCUUCUGAAUCGCAAGAUCCAUUACAUGUACGACAGCGAUGAUUCCCAAGAUAAAAUAAAUCUCGAAAAAAAACUCGAAUUAAACGCGACGUUGCUGAAGCUGAGACACUCGCUUGUGGACACCUUACGCGCUCAGAGACGAAAUUCGUCGCAAGAGACAACGAAGUCCAGCGGAUUUAACAAUUCGUUUGCGGAAAAAGUGCUUAACUCGACGGUUAGUCCCGCGGAGAACACGAUCUCGGUAAAUCGACACGGUAAAUCCGCGAGUGAAAGCAUAUCCGAAGAAAAGACUUAUAGUGAUCUGCCUCUAGAAUUCGUGAAUUCUAUGAGUACUCUGAACGUCGAAAGUACGUCUCUCACACCCAAGUUCACGACUAUUUCCGAAACGAGCCAGAGAUUUAAUAGAAGUUCUAUCAGCGUCAGUCCAAUUAUCAACAAAGAGAAACGAUAUAACAAAAAAAAUCUCGAUACCGUUAAAUCGUACGUUAUUCGCGAAUUCAGCAACGUGACGGCAAGUAGCGGCAUUACGAGUGGCAGCGAUCGACGCGUUUUCGAAGACGAAUCUUCCAAAAUGACCCAAGACUUCCUGAAGACCGGUAGGAAAGAACCAAUAAAACAAAACAAGACCGACGAUCGCUGGUUGAUUAAUAACGAUCGAGAAAAUAAUUCAAAUGGUAUACAAACGAGCAUUAUAUUGGAGAAAUACGUGCACGAUAGUAUUAGGAAUCCCCAGAAAAAUUACUCUUCGAACGAUCAGAUCGGACAGAUGGCGCGUGAUAAAGUAGCGAUCGAUCCAUCGUCUCGCGACUCAGGAUUUAUCGACGUUCCGGGAUUCCAUCAGACGUCGAAGGUCGUAAAAUCACGGCCACGCACCGCGAGAACGAGAAAUUCCGAAGAAACGCAGAUCGAAAGGAUGACAGCGAGAUCUACGACGGUAGAAAAUAAACAGAUGGAACAAAUUGAUUUAUCGAUUACUCAACGACAAAAAAGUUUCUUGGAAGUCUUCACGGAAAUUGCGGAUGUCAGGGAAACAUCUGUAGAGCUCACAUCAAUAUCGACAACAGGAGAUUAUCAUAAUUUUACUAGCAUUACAACCGAAGAUGAUGAGAGUGUUACAUAAGCAAAUAUAUACGAUCACUUUUCACAUCUCGUAUUGAAAAUAACAAGAUGCAAGAAAAUCAAACUAGUAAUCGCUAAUAGAGUAUCAAUACCUAUUAGUACAUAUAGGGAAGCAAUUCUCUUUUAGUUCUUUAUGGACAGAGAAUGUUAGGAGUUGUAUUGAUCUGAAUUUGACAAAUGAGAAACCUUAUAGAGACUAGAUCUACUUACUGAGACACAUACAGAUACAUUGAAAUAAUUUAAAUAUCUAAUUGUCUAUAGAAUCAUGUGAACUAAUG